CCCAGGCCUACAUCUCCCAGGUUUACCAGACCUGUGUCUCCUAGAAGCAAACAGAAAGGAUCUCAGUGGCAAGGUAGACCGGUCCCUGCAUUUGGACAUUCAAACCCUGAGGCCGAGUAUGAGUCAUACCAGAAGCAUCAAGAAGCCAAAAGUUCUGUUCAGAUCCAGAAGCUCUUCAACAAGUCUUCAGCGAAGGACGCCAAGAAGCGACUUGGUCAGGCAGAGAAGGCCAGGCAGGAGAAGAUGGGCAGGGAAGCGUUUGAAUCAGAAAGAGCGUAUCUUGAGCAUUUAUGGAGGAGAGAGGUAGCGCUCUACAAGCGAGACGACGUCACCUUCAAGAACUUUGAGAGAGAGUACAUGCUGGAUAAACUCAACAAGAGUAAACUCAGGAAUGCGAAACGUGACAUGCUACUCCGAGAACAAGCCGCUGAAAACAGACAUCAGAUGGCCCUUCUCAAAAGGAUAGGACCGAGUGUAGAUAUUCAUGAGUUAUUCAAUGCACAGUCCAGAGGUGUGUCUAAGGCAGUCAUGAGAAGAGCAGCUAUCAGCAUACAGAGGUUUGUUAGAGGGAUGAUCAUCCGGAAAAUGCUUGCUAAAGUAAAGGAAAAGAGUCGCAUCCAUGCUGGCUCGUUCAAGUCUUUCAUCAAGUACUACUACCAGCUGAUGAAGAAGAUUGCUAGAUGGCAUGGUGCCAAGAAACCCAGGAUACAUCUAGACCUCUGGCAGAUGGAUGAAUUCAUGGAUAAAAGAAAUACUAUGAGUACAUCUUUGCUAUGAGGAUCCAUCCUGAGACCCAGAUGUCUGCCAAGGAUCUCCCAUCUUAUCUCAAUCUGAU